UUCACGCCUCCUCCGACUCGCGGCUGGCUGUCGCCCCGGGAUGUGUGGAUGUGUGGAUGCGGGGUCACUGUGUGUUUACGUUGGAAAGCUCACAACAAAGGAGAGCCUGUCAUUCAAACCCAAGCCUCCACUCACGCUCACUGGAUAUUCUCCUCCUCGCUAGCCACACUCCUCAACGACCCCCCCUUCAAGCUUCAUUUGGACAUUUUCCACCUUUAUUCAUGAAGAGAGAAUUAUUCCAUUUUUACCUAGCAUCUUCUUCACGUGCCGGUGAGCUAGCCUGCUAAGUUGCCAUUGGCGGCGGUGGCAGUGGAGCUCAAAUCCGGCCGGCAGCAGAGCAAGCCAGAGACGCUGGAAAUAAAGCCGUCAUUGAACCCACGUGGGUUGUUUUUGUGUGGCUGCUUUGGAUCCUGUUGCUGUUUGUUGUCCUGUGGCCGGCUUGAAUCUUUGAUGAGGCACUAAGUGGCCCGUUGGCCCCGCGUGUCAUCAGCCCGCCCUCGCGCUGACGCUCUCGGGGAACGUCGCACGAGGCCGCCCGCAUGCCUGCGCCUGAAUAAAUAAAGGCGUCUACUCAAUUCCAUGCCUCCGUCCCACCUCUGAGGACACAAAUAAACCAUAUGGGAGGACUGACGGACGGCUGAAGCAUGAGAGGCUGGAGUUGAGGCUCAGCUGACCCUCCCCCCUUCCUCCUCCUCCUUUCCCACCCCUGUGUUCCACUCAGCUCAGCACCACCACCCCAAAAUCCCUGUCCCGCUUCCCCCGCCGCAGCCCACCCGGACGUCCAUCCAUCCAUCAGCCGAGCCCGAUGUACUCCCCCGAGCAGGAGAACAUCUGCACCACUUCCAUCAAAGUGCCAGUCAAAUAUGGAGAGCUCAUCGUGCUCGGGUACAAUGGCUCUUUACCCAACGGCGACCGAGGCCGACGCAAAAGCCGCUUCGCCCUGUGCAAACGGCCGAAAGCCAACGGCGUCAAACCCAGCACGGUUCACAUCGCCUGCUCCCCACAGGCUGCCAAGGCCAUCAGCAACAAAGACCAGCACAGCAUCUCGUACACGCUGUCCAGAGCCCAGACGGUGGUGGUGGAGUACACGCACGACGCCAAUGUCGAUAUGUUCCAGGUGGGUCGUUCCACAGAGAGCCCAAUAGACUUUGUGGUGACCGACACGGUGGCGGGCAGCCAGAGCAACGGCGACACGCAAACCGUCCAGAGCACCAUCUCACGCUUCGCCUGCCGCAUCAUGUGUCAGCGCACACCGCCUUACACCGCCCGCAUCUACGCGGCCGGCUUCGACUCGUCCAAGAACAUCUUCCUCGGGGAGAAGGCCGCUAAGUGGAAGACGUCCGACGGGCAGAUGGACGGCCUGACCACCAACGGCGUGCUGGUGAUGCACCCCCGCCACGGCUUCAGCCAGGACUCCCGGCCCGGCGUGUGGCGGGAGAUCUCCGUCUGCGGGAACGUCUUCACGCUGCGAGAGACGCGCUCGGCCCAGCAGCGGGGAAAGAUGGUGGAGACGGAGUCUCAAGAGCUGGUGGACGGCUCGUUGAUCGACCUGUGCGGCGCCACGCUGCUGUGGCGCACGGCCGAGGGCCUGUCGCGCACGCCCACCCUCAAGCACCUGGAGGCCCUGCGGCAGGAGAUCAACGCGGCGCGACCCCAGUGCCCGGUGGGCUUCAACACGCUGGCCUUCCCCUCCAUGCGGCGCAAGGACACGCCGGACGAGAAGCAGCCGUGGGCCUACCUGCGCUGCGGCCACGUGCACGGCUACCACGACUGGGGAAACCGCUGCGAGGAACGGGACGGGCGGCAGCGCGAGUGCCCCAUGUGCCGCGCCAAGGGGCCCUACGUGCCCCUGUGGCUGGGCUGCGAGGCCGGAUUCUACGUGGACGCCGCGCCGCCCACGCACGCCUUCGGCCCCUGCGGCCACGUCUGCUCGGAGAAGACGGCCGCCUUCUGGAGUCAGAUCCCGCUGCCCCACGGCACGCACACCUUCCACGCCUCGUGCCCCUUCUGCGCCCACCAGCUGAGCGGCGAGCGCGGCUUUGUCAGACUCAUCUUCCAAGGACCCCUGGACUAGAGCACGCCGUCUGUGGACGUCUUUUCUUUUUUUUGGUCCUAGUUGUCUCGCUCUCAUUUUUAAGUGACCUUUUGGAGGAUUCCUUUUUCAAGACAAAUAUUUCUAUAUUUUCCACCAAGAGGAAAAAACAGCUGGAGAGACUUUGUGAUUGUGACAACAGUAUUUAUCCCAAACCAAAAGCUACAGUGCGCCUUUUUGUUCUUGUCCCCCCAAAAUAUACGCACUCCUCGAAACGUCAGGAUAAGCCAGAAAUGCACUAGAACCUUCAAAGGUGAACUUAAUGUAACCUUAAAUCAACUUUUGAAUGUCCAUCCCUUCAAUAUUUCAGUACAGUGGUGCAUUGAGACAAUUGGUUGACUAAAUCACAUCUCAACGAAGGUCAGGUAAGGUCUUAAAACAAUUGACGAUCAAAAGUAUUUUGCGAUCAAUUUGAUAAUCAAUUCGUUGUCACUUAAUCAUUGUCAUUUUAAAUCUGUGACAGUUUUACUUGGUGUUUGCUAAUCAUUUGAUCACGACACAUCCUGUUUCUAGCAAACAUACACAUUCAAAUGUGAGGUGCCUAUUGAAAAUCCAAAGCGAUGCAACACCGCCAUCUAAAGGGACAAAUUAGUCAUUACAAGUGGUUUACAAACUUGACUUUUGUAAACUGGCGCCAUCUGGUGGUGUUUCUAAAAGAACAAAAAUAUUCAAAAGACGAUUAUGCAGAUUUUUGGGGGGGGACACUCUGUGCGUCUCUUGAGCUAAUUGAAACCUUUCAUUGUUGUUUAUUUAUGGCCCUCAAAGCAUUGCGUCGCUUUCAAAUCUUUGUACUCUGCAGAUUUUGUGUGUGUGUUUUGAGGGCUUUUCCGUGGUCUUUCAUUUGUGUAUAUGUCGUAUUUAAACGUUUUGUCCCGCGUUCGACAAAGCAAUACCUUUUCUGAACCUCCUGAAGCAAAAUAGGUCGUCUGAGUGACGUCACCUUGAACCCUUUAAAGCAGCGCAGCCAUGUAGCAGGACUUCCAAAUGGUUUUUGUGACCACUGUUAUGAAUGCCAGUGUUGUUUAUUGGUUGGAAAAUCUUUACUGUAUAUCCAUGAAUGUACACGCUUUAUCCAGAAGUUAUUUUGACGCUCUCAGAAAAGGAGCGUGAGGGGGAUUUCUGCGUCAUGUGUUUUUUUUUUUUUAUACGCUGACACUCGAUGACGUCAGCAAUAACGGUUUAGGUUUGAUUGACUUUUCACGGACGAGUCACAACAGGGCGUCGCUGCGCGUACGAUGACGUCACACUCAAACCCGAAGUAUCCCGAACUCACCUCAGGGAGACGAAGCUAUACGAGUAAACCUGUGGCACGCGUACACAAUACACACGUUAUACUUAUUUUCUGCACGGACCUUUUGCCCAAACACGUAAGAAAUGGCUUUUCUUAUGGUCCUGUCAAUCAUCCCGACAAGCUUGUGCUCAUUGUCCUCAUCUAAAUGUGUUUUUUUCGUGAAGGUGAAAGAAAGCAGAAGAAUGUUUUUCUAUUAACUUUAAACAAUAAAGUGAAAAAGAUUUG